AUGUCCGAGCUCCAGGGCGAGGCCGGCUCAGCCUCUGUGCCAGUGCCAGACCAAAGCCAAGGCGGCUUACCUUGGAGGCUGUCUCUGAAGGGCACUUUCAAAGCUUUGAGCGAGUGGGGUGAUCAGAUUGAGCGGCGGCACUUUGAUGGAAACUUCCUGGAAGCUGUGAGUAGUGCUCGACAUGCCGUCGAGCAGCAUCGACAUCUGCUGACGGAGGCCUCUCGAAUCGGAGGAGAGUUGGGCUCGGCGGCCGUGAAGCUGGUAGAAGAGGCUGCUGGUCGAGGCCCAGACGACCUUUCGACAGAGUCUUGCCUGGAAGCAACCCGCGCCAGCGAGUUCGCGCAGACACCUCUCGGUCGGCUCCCUGCACCUGGCAUUGCUGAUCUCUGGCAGGAGGUCAACCGGCUUCAGCAGGAUCUACAGCUUCACGAAGAGCUCCGAAAGGGUCGUAGCGGAGCCCUGAGCUCGCAGGACGAAGCACUGCGAAAGCUGAGAUCGGAGCUCAUGGACAGCCGAUGCGCUGUGCAAGAGGUUCUGGAAGAGCGGCAGCGAGCUGCUGGCAGGCUGCAGGGUGCGGAGCGCAGCUUCGAGGCCCUCCAGGAAGCCCACCGGGCUCUCUCAAGGUUGCGAAGCGCUGCCGAGUCGGAGUUGAGGCAGCUUCGAGCUGCACAGGCCGAGGCAGAAGCACCAGCCAGAAGCGCUGCCUUAAGCGGUUCCUGGGCCUGGGCGCGCGACGGCCCCGAGAUCGAAGCUCUGAAAGCUGCCAAAGUGGAGCUGGCAGAGCUGCUGGCAGAAGCGGAUGAGGUCCGUCUGAAUGCGCGGCGCGAAAGUGCGCAGCUGGCGCAUCAGCUUGAAGGUGCCGAGGCCGAGAACUUCCGCUUGGGCGGCUCUAUGGCGAAAGCCAGUGUCGGUCCUUCAGCGCGUUCCCGCGGCGAAAAGCCCGCUGAUGCGAGCGGCGGGCCUUUGUCGCUCGACGCUGCAUCCUCCGUCCCGGCUUCUUCCCAAGGAUUGCGACAACCUGUUUGGAAGCGCUGGACGGCGUCGGCCACAGAGAAGCAUAGCAACGGAGAAGCACCAGCUUCGAGAGCGGAAGGGCGACGAUACUGCUAUCGAUAUGGCAACGUUGGCGAGAGUGAAUGGCACGCGAAUGAGGCAUGUAUGGAGAGGAAGAAGCAGAAGCUGAAGAAGAUGGAAGAAGUAUCGUACGUCAUGCAGCAUUCCGCGGAAACAGUGAUGCCAGGACUGGACCUGCCGGACCUGUCCACGGAAAGCCAUAGCGACCUAGUGGCCCCGGCCGUGUUGGAGCGAUGUUCCGCUCUCCUUUCUCCGAGGUCAGAAAAGGGCUGGCGCGCGAAGGAAGCUGAUCCAAUGAGACAAGCAACGAACUCCCGCACGGGACGACAAUCCAUUCUCGUGACGCAAAGACUCGGCAUUGCGAUUCCAAGUACGCAAGUAAGCGCAAAACAAAACGUCCCGCUCCUGCCGCGGUCAUUGCAGUCAUGCACGGCUCGCACUACCAUGCGAAUGGUGCAUGAUGCGAUGCCACCAUGGCGACCUAAUCGCGGUCAGCCGUGCUGGCGCCCUGAGUCUCUCCUCCUGGGGGUGUUGCCGGCUGAGGAGGUGUUGCGGUUGCAAUCUGGGGCCGCCAAGCUCAAGUGGGAAGCCGAACUGGCGAAACUUCAAUCCUAUGGCCAUCGGUUCUACUUGCUAUCGAUCCCCUGGGAUGCUUUGCUUCAAGGAGUGGAGGAGGAGGGCGCUCCUCGAGCUCUAGCGACUCUAGCGGCUCUCGCGAGCGCCGUGGAGUCCGUGAAGAGACACGGACUGGAGCCGGUGGCCUGUCUUCCUCUGGACGCCAGCGAGGACCCCGAGGCCAAGCCCGGGGCCGGGGGAUUUGGGGGAUUUGGGGACCAGCAGGUGAAGCUGCGACCUGCCGGCAGUGAGCAAGAGCUCGGCCGACGCCGCAGAUGGGGCACUGAGAGAGACACCCAUGCCGUGGCUGAGACGGCGGCUGCAACUGAGAAGUUCUUUCUCCGUGUGCACAAAGUCCUUCAAGCACAUGCCCGUCUUGCACAAGAGCUCUUCCGAGAGGAGGGCAGUUUGCAGGGCCACGGUGAGGGCAUCGAGCUGGGCAUCAUGAUCAGUGCAGAUUGGAUGGAGGCGGUUGCCGAGCCGAAUGCGAAGAACCGGGAGGCUGCCGAGUGGAUCCUGCAAUCCCAGAUCGGCAGCGUCCUUUCCCCCAUCUUUAGCGACGGAGACUCCGGUUACCCACCUGGGCUGGGCCUAGCUGACCGGAGCUUCUCGGUUUGCGAGAAGGCGAGUUUGAGGAGGACGAGCUUUCUGAUGAUCUCACACCACUUUGCAGGCCGCGUCCGCUUCUCCGAGACGAGCCAGUCCUCGGAGGUGCUGCACAGCGCCGCGUCGCCUUUGACGCUCUCCAAGGUCCUUCGCUGGCUCGCUUGGCACGGCUACGUUCCGCACCUGCAGGGUCGACUCGGCGGGCUGCAUGUCGCUGCUGGGGGCACGACCAAUCAGGCCGUGACGCUUCGAGCACUGCAUCGUGCAUGUGAAAAGAGUGUGCCAUUGAGAGGAUACUGGACUAGCGAGGUGGAAUCUCCUUCUCCCGAGGGGGAAGAAGCAUUUGCAGAUGUUACGAAAGCUGCUCUCUUCGCCAAGCCAAGUACGGAGAUGGGGCAGCAUGGGUGCUUGGCUUGGAUGGAUCCUGAAAGCGUUCUUGUCACACUCGACUUCCUGGAACUCUGCGCUUGCCUUAACUGUCGGCCUGAUACACAAAAGCUGGUCUCUCAAAUCAAUCUGCUUCGACGCCGCUUGGAGCAGAAGUCUUCCAGGUCUGAGAGCGGUUCAAGUUGGCGCAUCCGUGAUGCAAGAUGGAGUUCGCUGCUGGACGAAGUCAUUGCAAAGAGCUGUGAACGGCGAUACGGAAGCGCUCACCGUGUGAGCGACGUGAGACCCUCCUCUGCCUCGACCCAGAGCAUCUCCGAGUCGGCUGUCGAGUUUUUCCUCCAGUUCCGGAGGCAGAGAAGCAGGGCGGUUCACCGGGAGGAAACUGCUGCGCAGACCGAGGCGAUCUCGAGGACCGAUGCACUCCCGGCGACCGCGACUCCGACGAUGAAAGCCACCCUCGAAGCUGUGGUCCAGCUUUACAAGGUUGGUGAAGAAGAGCCGAGGCUCCCGGAGAACGUGGGCUCCGAGGUUGCCAGAGUCCGGGCGCUGGGGGAGGCUUUGCAGCGAAAGCCCAGGCCGCCAGCGCUUGACUUUCAGGCGAGCCUCACACGGGGCAUAGAAGGAAGCGCCGAUCCUUGCGAUCUGGACCACGUGCGUGUUCAGGCUUCCUUGGCUGCUUCCUGCUUCUGGAACUCCCGGCCUGGCUUGUCUGGCAACGGUAAGACAGUUUUCUCGAAGACCUGGCUCAAGACGAGGAUUCGCGGCUUAGGCCCAGUGAGGCGGGACAUAGGCAAGGAUGUCACCUUGGGAGAGGUGGGCGGCAUCGCCCCGCCGCGGAUGGGGGAGCCGCUAAACAGCCUCGAUGCAGAAGCACUGAUGUCUGUGGUUGGACCGCCUGAGCUCCCUGAAGCUUGGAAGCAGGGCUUCUUCUUUGCAGGCUACCAGCCCUAUGGCUUGCAGCAGGUGAAUGGAGGGCCCUGCGGAGUCAUUGCCGUCGUUCAGGCCUUCCUGAUCUGCGCCCUACACUUCCGAGCUGCGAGCGCUGCCGCGCUGCUCGAGGUCGACGAGAGCCUUCGCAUGGAAGCGCUGAUGGAUGCCAUCGCGGAGGUGCUGUUCAGAAACGUGGGCGACAACAAAAAGGCUUGUGUUCUCGUACCCAGUUCACCAUCAGCUAGCAUUCUCAAUGUGUCGCAGCUGCGGUGCUUGCAGCCUGCGCUCUUCACCUCCUACGACCAGCUAAGAUACUUUCUCAGCCAAAGGCCAUACAGAGACAUUUUCUUCAACCCUUCCGGCUGUGGAGUUCCACUCCUUCUCUUCUCGAUGGUCUGGACUCGAACUGUGGAGGGUUGCCGGGAGCGGGAUUUCGACGACCCGAAGACUGGGACAAUGAUCGGCGGCCACGGCUACUGUACGCAGGAGCUGGUGAACUUGAUGAUGUUCGGCCGUGCCUACAGCAAUGUCUUCGAUGGUACAAAGCGCCUUGGCAGUGCCAAGGACGGCUGGAUGGUGCUACAGGGCGCGCCGCGUCGACCGAACAUCGGCUUCCUGUCCCUUUUUGAGGCCUACUCGUGCAUUGAGGUUGGCUCGCGAUACAAAGGGCCCAGCAGCCCUAUCUGGGUGGUCUGUGCCGAGUCCCACUACACCGUGCUCUUCUCUGCCGAUGGCAGCGUGAACCCACAAGACACUGACAAGGCACUGGACCUCUUCUACUUUGACCAGCUGGGUCGCCAGUCGGAGCGUAUCCGCCUGACAGUCAUCCCCAAGCGGCUGCCUGCACACCUCACGACUGGCUUCGAGGAAAGCGAGUCCAUGAUCGAUCGGUGUAUCCGCACGAAAUGGAAGGAAGCUACCGUCGAUUGGAAUGGCAGUGAGAUCAUCCUUUGA